AUGCUUACUCGAAUUCCCCAAUAUAGAAUAUUGGCAAGGAGCUUCUCGGUGUCCCGGCUACUUUCGAUAAAUAAUGGCAAUAAUAACAACAAUAACAACAAUAAUAACGGCAAUAAGGACCAGCUCCGAAAGCUCGGCUCUAUCCUACUGAAGGGCAAAGUUGGUGAGCAAUCAGAUAAAGAGACCCGCAAGGGCACUGCUCUCAAUAUCCAAUCGAAACCUGAGGUUCCUCCCUCCACGGCAGAUGAACUGUCUUUAGAUUUGGCGGUGAAGGAGAAUAUAGAUGAGCUCGAAGACUCCUACGAAACCAUAGCUUUCAUGACAAAGGACGACGUCCUGAUUCAGGAGAACUUGGACGCUGGCGGUCAAUUCGGAGCAUUCCCAUCCAAGCAUUUUCUAGAUAGGAAAGCGCUUAUUAGAAGCCUACCGGAUGAAGUGGACAUGCUUGACACUCCUUGGGAGGAGAUCGAGCGCAUUUACAGCACCCUCAACAGACUAGACGAAGAUAAAGCGGUGCAUGCCAAAUACAUGAAGCGAUUCGGCAUCGAGGAGAAAGAUCUCAUGACAAGACUACGCCUCGGGAAGAAUCUUGACGACAUGUGCAAGGCUGGUCGCCGAGGCGAGAAGUAUGAUGUUCCAAAAGGUCUCGAGAGAGUCUUUAAAAGAUUAUAUCCAUACAAUGUCGUUGGCUUCGACCGGUCUAUCCUAGGAGUGCCACUUAGAAAUGGAAGACACUCAUUGAAGAGUGACGACGACGAGAAAGCACGCAAGCAGAUUCCAGAGGAGCUUGUCAGGGACAGUCGGCCCUUUGAUACCAAAGUGCCAGUUCACAAAAUAGAUGUGAACUUUUUUGAAGAAGAUCAACUCAAGGAAAGUAUCAGCCCUUACGACCUGAAGCCACUUCCACCGGAGGACUUACUCCGCAGCAUUGGCAAACCCAUGCUUUUCGAUGAUAUCGACAACUACAAGAAGAUCGAGCACCCAUCGGUAGAGCUUUUGGACCGCAUAGAAAGGGAGACUCUCACACUAAAGGACUCGCUCUACCUUGAAAUCGCCAGGAAGAUGAUUCCUUCGAACACUGACGUUGUCAAUUUGAACGCACCAAAAUUGCGAACAAACGAGUACGUGGUCGCUCUGAAAGAUCACCACGCCACUGCAUUAUCGGGACCAUCAUUGAGUUAUCGUUACAAGUACUUUGAUCUCGUCCCUAUUUACGGAAUGUUGCUCACUAGCAGAAAGCAUUGCAACAAUCUCUACAAGCAUUUAUUCAAAGUCAUCCUCAUCAAUCUUGAAGAGCACAUUGAUGUUUUGAGUCGCAUAAAGUACAAGCUGCCAGAAGAGUCACAAGCAUUCCUUGGAAAGCUAUACGCAAAGAUUCAUCGUGUUAUCUCGGAUAAGCUCAUUCCUAUGGCUGUGGACUGCAGACUCAAGUUCUCGCUAGAGUACCAAGCAGUGAUUCACAAACACAUCACUUCGCUGAACUUCUCAAGAAUUUACUGGCUUAAACCGCCACAGAAGUUGUCCAGCGGAGGCCGCGAUUAUGGCCGCCAGGUACGCAGAGAGGCGCACAGAGAGAAGGUCUACCCUCUAGACCUCGCACACCACAAGUACUCCAAGUAG